CCGCCUGACGAACAAUUCAUCACAGACCAUGACGCACAGGAGAGCGGCGCAGACGACGACGAGGACGAGGAGAAGCCAAAGUCGGACAAGAAGGCCGGCCGCAGGAAGAUCAAGAUUGAAUUCAUCCAGGACAAGUCUCGUCGACACAUCACCUUCUCUAAGCGCAAGGCCGGCAUCAUGAAGAAGGCCUACGAGCUCUCCACGCUCACCGGCACGCAGGUGCUCUUGCUCGUCGUCUCCGAGACCGGCCUCGUCUACACGUUCACCACCGCCAAGCUCCAGCCGCUCGUGACUCAGCCCGAGGGCAAGAACCUGAUCCAGGCAUGCCUCAACGCGCCGCACGGUACGCUGCCCUCAUCCAUGCCCGUCGGCACGCCUAUCGGGCGCUCGAACCCCAUGUCCAUGCCCGCCCACCACCAGUCUGGCGGGCCCGCGUCCGGCCCCAACGUCCCCGGCGGGCUCGCGAUCUCGGGCGGGUCGUCGGGCAAGGACGACGCGGAUGCGGACCAAGACGACGACACGGACGCGGCGCCAGCGCAGGGCACGCAGGGCCAGGACCGCAACACGCGCAAGCGCCGCCGCGCAUCGUCCUCCGCCGGCCAGGCCGGUCAAACGCCAACGACACCCGUCAGCGGGCGUGCCUCGCAGGGACAGGGCGCGGCCUCCGCUGCGAACGCACAGGCGUCUGCCGGCGGCGCGAACACGUCUCCUCACGCGCGCACGCAGGCGAUGCCUCCGAUGGGCGGAGCGCCGCCGCUGACGAUCCCGACGGGCCAGCAGCAGCAGGGUAUGCCGAGCGCGAUGGAGCACUCGCCGCGCCAGCCGACGUCGCCCAACUACACGCACGCGAGCGCCGGGGGCGCGUAUGGCGAGACGGGCAUGUACGGUGCGCCGCCGGGCGCGCCGCAGGGAUACGCUACCGCGCCGGGGUAUGCGCCAUUUGGCGGGCACGAUGGGACGCAGGGAGGGGCGGCGGGCAUGCAGGGACAUGCGGGCUGGGGUGCGCCGCCGCAGGUGCAGCAGGGGAACUAUCAUGCGAGGAGAUGA